AUGAUAAAGGAUAGGUUACAACAUAGAAAGGUCCUCAUUGUUCUUGAUGAUGUCGACAACCUUGAGCACCUAGAAGAGUUAGCUGGAUCACGUUAUUGGUUUGGUGAAGGAAGCCGAGUAAUAAUCACCACUAGAGAUGAGCAUGUAUUAACUGGACACAAAGUAGAUGUGAUACACAAUAUUAGUUUAUUAAACAAUGAUGAGUCUAUGAAGCUCUUUUGCAAGCAUGCACCCCGGGGUCACAAAACUAUAGAAGAUUAUGAGCAGCUUUCAAAAGAUGUGGUUUCAUAUGCUGGUGGGCUCCCAUUAGCACUUAGAGUUCUGGGUCGUUUUCUAUGUGACAAAGAGAUGAAUGAAUGGAGGAGUGCCUUGGCUAGAUUGAAAGAAAUACCAGAUGCUAGUAUUCUCGAAGUGCUAAAAAUCAGCUUUGAUGGACUUAAACCGAUUGAGAAAGAGUUGUUCCUUGAUAUUGCAUGUUUCUUUAGAAGGGGGUGUAAAAUUGAACAUGCAAUAUUGAUACUUGAUGCUUGUGGCUUUCACCCUGUUAUAGGCAUAAAGGUGUUGGUACAAAAGGCUCUCAUAACUAUUUCUGAGGAUGGAACAUUUGAUAUGCAUGAUUUGGUACAAGAGUUGGCACACUAUAUUGUUAGAGGGGAAUACCCUACGAACCCUGAAAAACAUAGUAGGAUUUGGAAGGCAGAAGAUGUUCUGACACUAUGUGCAAUGGAUGCAACGAUGGAACUUGACAAGAUUGAAGCUAUAUGCGGUCACCAUUUUAGGAGUGAUGAUGGAUGUGUUCUUUGGGUCGCUGCAAACAUGAAAAAACUUCGGUGGAUAAGUUUGAACUUUGAACGGCUAGAAGAUGGUUUGGUUGAGACCACACAUCCAUUAAUGCCAGAAAAUUUUCCACCAAGGGAGCUUUGUUGUCUAACAUUGCGUGGCUUUCAUGGAAAAGAACUUUGGGAGGGUUAUAAGUAUCUCCCAAAUUUGAGGAUGAUUGAACUUCAUGAAUUGAAGACCCUAAUAAAGACACCAGAUUUUAGCGGGCUUCCGAACCUUGAAAGAUUCAUGGUUUAUUUAUGUUUUCAUUUAGAAGAGAUUCAUCCAUCAUUUGGACAUUUGGAAAAGCUUGCUUUUGUAGAGAUAGACUAUAGUCGCAAUCUUAAGAUGCCUCCAGACAUUUCCCGAUCAAAGGAACUCGAGACUCUUACACUCUCAGGGUUUUCUAGUCGAUGCUUAAGAAAGUUGGAUCUCUCACAGUGUAAUUUGGGAGAUGGAGACUUCAGAUCUGCUGUUGGUUGGGAGUUACCCAACUUGCAACAACUCAGUCUAGAAGGAAAUGGAUUUGUAAGGUUGAGUUUUAGUUUCUCUAGACUUCCUCGACUCAAAUGUCUCAAUGUGUCAUACAGCUAUGACCUUGUCGAAUUGUCAGAGCUCCCAUCAAGUGUAGCUGUUGUCUUAGCGGAUGAUUGUACAUCACUUGAGACCCUUGGAGAUAUUUCAAACUGUAAAUGGUUGUGGAAAGUCUCACUUCUUUGGGGGGAAAAACUUGCUGGAGACAUAAUACUAGACUCCAUGUUCCGGGGGAACGCCAAAGAUUACUUUAUCAGUAUCAACCUUUCAAACAUGGACAUUUGGAGUGGGCCAUCUGCACUUUGGGUCGACUUGGUGAAGAAUUAUAAUAUGUCGCUUCCACAUGAUUGGUACAAUCACUUUUCUGGGAUUUUGAUGUUCUUCCAAAGCAACAAGAACUUUGAUAGCGACCCUAACAUAGCCAUCAAGGUGGGUGUACAUGAAAAUUUUCAAUGUGAGCUUGGUCAGAAAUCUAAUGAAACACUCAAGACUCAUAACCCUGACACAUACGUAGGAUAUGUUUCGUUUAGUUCAUUGAGGCACACUGGAUGCUUGAAUUCAAUUUACAAAAUCAUUUCAUUUUCCUUAGACCCGGAGGGUUUGUAUGGAGAUGGGUAUAAGUUUAGAGCUGUACUCGUUCCUAAAGAUGAUACAGUGCAAACAACAAAAGUCGCUACAGAUUCCUCAGAAUUUUGGGAUGAGGAGGAACUUUAUGAAAGAAAGACAUUUACGAUCCAACAUGAUUCAAAUUCCUCUGUCGAGUUUUUAUGGCAUCCUCUUGGUCAUUUCUUUUAUAAAUGAUCUGACUAUGUUACCAAUUUCAGUUAAUGAAUUUGUUGCUGUCAACCAAAGUCUACGCUGAGAAGUUUAUUCAAGAGUCACUUUAGUUGGUCUCAGUUUCAUAGUGGUUUGAUAAUUGAUCAUUGCUGUUUUUAAUUCUUUUUCUUUUGUUAAAAAGAA